GCAUUUGUGAUUCAGUUUGAUUUCAUUUCUGUCAAAGAGUUGAUCGGUGACAGUAAAUGCACCGAAAACUCCAGGUUUUCUUGUGAAUUUGACUUGGAAUCCAGACCCAUACAGAAUCGUAAAGCUAUACAAUAAUAAGAUUGUUUUGCCAGGAAGGGCUUGUCUAGGUGAGACAUGUUCACCAUGAAAACUGUGGCGUUGAGUGUUGCCCUACUUCUGACUGCGGUCGUUUCAACUUCAGUCUCUGCAGGUGGCAGUUACAACGUUGCAGAUAAUAAUGAUCGUUUCACACAUAGCGGAGGAUCAGGUCUUCAAGGCCUCAACAUCCAGCAAAGUGGUUUCACGAAAGUGUCACAUUCAACCAGUGAGAAGACCAUCACCACAGAAAAUGAGAGUAACAAGGGUACAAUGAAGAACCAGAGAGGGGAUACAGAAACAACUCAAGAAAGGUCACGAAAAGGGAAGAAAAAUAAACAAAAUGAAGAAACGGAAGUCAAGCAACGGGGAGGAGAUCGUCGCAAAAAUGGAGACGAUAAUGGAAGACGAAAAGGAGACAAGGGACACACUGAGACAGUGAUUGAGAGAGUACGAGAAGGUGGUCGACGUAAAGAUAAAGAUCGAAGUGGUUCUAAAGGCGGCAGUUCGGAAGGCCAAAGGAACAGAGGAAAUGGAGGACGAAAAGCGGACAAGGGAAAUGCUGAGACGGUGGUCGAGAGAGUACGGGGUGGUGGUCGAUCUCAAAAUAGAAACCGAAAUGAGUGGAGGACGUUCACAUGUAGGAGAGGACAAAGAGAGCUAGUCUUUGAAGAUCUUACCGAGAAUGAGAAACUGGAAUAUGAAAUGACAAGCUCUGCCGAAUCUUUUUCCUUCAGUUUCUGUCGAAAUAAAAAUGGAAAGAACUGUCUUGAGAUUGUACUAAGCUCUUCUGGUGAAUCGACCAUGAAAUUUAAUGGUGAAGAUUUGUGCCUCCCCAUUGGAUCAUUCUACGAAAAAGAGAAGAGGUUUUCCUUCACAAUCAUCUACACCCGGUAUUGUCUGGUUGUCAGGAACGUUUUAUCAGGGGUUGAACUUGCUGCAUCGGUCGAGAGUGAUGAAUUGAGUGGUUUCAACUACUGCUAUGCCACUUCCAAUGGUGGAGGAGAUUCUUCGCUACAGAUUAAGGAGCUUGAAUUUUCCGGAACUGAGAUCUCGACGUUUAUAGGACGGUAUAGAGGUAAAGGACGUGGAGGCGGACGAGGCCAAGUCGAAGUUGGAAAUACAGACGCUAGCAAUGGACGAGGGAGUGGACGACGCGGCAAGAAAGGAGGAAAAGGUUCUGAUGAGAGUUCAGAAAGCAAUGAGAAUGGUGGCAAAGGAGGAGGCCAAGUUGGAAAUGCAGACGUUGCUUAUGGACGACAGCGUGGAGGACGUGGCAAGAAAGGAAAAGAUUCCAGUGGCAGUUCAGAAAGCAAAGAGAACAGUGGCAAAGGAGGAGGCCAAGUCGAAGUUGGGAAUGCAGAAGCUGCUUAUGGACGACAGCGUGGAGGACGUGGCAAGAAAGGAAAAGAUUCAAGUGAUAGUUCAGAAAGCAAAGAGAAAAAAGGCAAAGGAGAUUCCGAUAGCAGUUCAGGAAGCAGAGAGAACAAUGGCAAAGGAAAUUCCGAUAGCAGUUCAGGAAGCAAAGAGAAUAAUGGCAAAGGAGGAGGCAAAGUCGAAGUUGGAAAUGCAGAAGUUGAUUUUGGACGACAGCGUGGAGGACGUGGCAAGAAAGGAAAAGAUUCCGAUAGCAGUUCAGAAAGCAAAGAGAAAAAUGGCAAAGGAGAUUCCGAUAGCAAUUCAGGAAGCAAAGAGAAUAAUGGCAAAGGAGGAGGCAAAGUCGAAGUUGGAAAUGCAGAAGUUGAUUUUGGACGACAGCGUGGAGGACGUGGCAAGAAAGGAAAAGGUUCUAGUGAAAGCAGUUCAAAAAGCAGGGAGAAAUCAGGAAGACGAGGAUGGCGUACUUUUCAAUGUCGACGGGGCGAACGUGAACAGGUGCUUAGAGGGCUAUCUGAGAACGGAGAUCUGGAGUUUGAAUUUGGCAGCACUGAUUCCGAAUCGAUCAGGAUCGAGUUUACCAGGAGCAAGAAUGCCUUCGACGACAGUAUCGUUAUUGUUCUAAGUUCUUCUGGAGAAUCAUCCAUCAGGCUUGGUGGACAGGAUUUGUGCGAGCCAAUGCUGGGCUCAUUUUACACACUUGGCUUGGAGUUUUCCUUCAGCAUCAGAUAUGCAUCAGGGAGACUCGUUGUCAGUAAUGAUAAUAUUGAAGGAGCAGAAAUGGUGGCAGUGAUCGACGAGGAUGUACUGGUCGGUUAUAGGUUCUGUUAUGCAACUGUAAAUGGUGGAUCGGACGUUACAACGUCGCUGAACGUCAAACAGAUCGAAUUUUCUUCAGAUUUCCUCUCCGAGUUUGUAUCACGAUACGGAAGCAGAGUCCGAGAACGUGUUCGAGGGAACCUUGGGAGGAACGUUGGAGAUGCUGAAGUUGAAGCUGAACGCACGAGAGGACGUAAGAGAGGAAAGGGAAAUAGUAAAGGCUCUAGUGGAAGCAGUUCUGAAAGUAAAGACAGAAGCGGAAAACGAGGUAACCGAAAUAGGAAUGGCGGAGACAGUGAAGUUGAAAAUGACAGCGAUGGAGGACGAAGGAGGGGAAAUGGUAGGGGUCGAGAGAGUAGGAGGAAGGAGGUCGGAUAUACAGAAACUGCAUCCAGGCGAAACAGGUAUAAGGACAGACGACAAUGGGGCAGUAGAAGAGGUGGAUCAUGGAGAUCACGAAGGGGCAAAUUUUAUAGAUGGCGAACUCUCAGCGGGAAAGAAAGAUCUCACGCACUUCACCUCGAUGAACAACAACUUGCCAUGUCUAUGUACGUCAGAAGCAGGGCAGCUCGAUUCGAUCUAGAAUUCUGCAUGGCACCAAAUGGCAAAGACUGUCUCACUGCUUAUAUGAGUACACAGGAUGAUUCUCGCGCAUACGUUGAUUACAAAGGCACCAAGGUUGCAGAGAGCACAAAGGGAGCCUUCAUUAGACUUGCCAGAAGAACCAAAUUGAACGUGCUAAUCUCAAGUCAUCGAUUAAGCAUCGUCAAUGGCCAUGGAGACCAGCUUUCGGUCGAAUUACCAGAAGGUUCAUCAGUUGAAGAUAUCUACAUGUCCACACCAGAUGGAAAAUGGACAAAGGUGAAAAUCCGCCUCCGAAGAAUGGGCAAAAAACUCACUAGCUCUGGUGGACCUCUGACUCGCAGUACUGCCUUUGAGGAUAUUGGUUCGAAAAGAACGUCACUGUCCUGUGGAAUACGCACCGUGGCCACAUUCGUCAGAUUCUACUUUUGUUUUGAUCGUAGCAAUUGCUACAUAGCCGACCUUAGCACGCAACCUACAGAAACAUCCCAAAUCACUUACCAAGGAGAUUUGGUGAGUGAUGAGGUACCAGGUAUCUUUAUCAUCCCAAACAAAGAUAAGGAAUUUGAAAUCUUCUUCGAUGUCAAUGGGGGUUACCUCAAGAUCUGGAAUACCAAUCCAGAUGGUGAACGCCAACUCAUCGCUGACAUUCCUAAAGGUCGUCGGUUUGAAUCUGUCUCGGCUUCUACAGAUGACGGUGAUUUCACAGAACUACAGAUGAUUGAGAUUGAAGCAAGUCGAGAGAUUUCUUCUGAGACAUCGCUUGAAAGGACAACGGUUGCUGAACAACUUACUUUCCCUGCAACCUUACAGUUUUCAUUUAAUCUCGAGGCUGACCUGUUGUACCUGAUAUUGAGUCGCUCAGAUGGGUCUAGUUAUACGAUAAAAAUGAGUACAAAGCCGACAGAUUCAUCUGUUAUUAUCACUGGGAGUGAUGAAAUCCUCGCCAAGUCACCAAGCGAACCUUUCCUCCUGUGGGGCAAUGACAUUCCCAUACAAAACAACCUCAUAGUUACGGUUGAAAAAACCAAUGUGGUAGUUAGCAAUAUGGCUACCGAUUUGACUAUGACAGCUGCUAUAUCAGAAGCCCAUUUGUACAAUCACAUCGACAUCAGGACGGAAGGAGGUGGUAUUCAGGAUUUCAGCGAGGAAGAAGUCGAAGAACCACCAGCAACAGAGUCACCAGCUGAAGAAACUGAGGCACCAGCAACAGAUCCACCACCUGCAGAGACUGAGGCACCAGCAACAGAGCCACCAGCUGAAGAAACUGAUGCACCAGCAACAGAGCCACCACCUGCAGAAACUGAGGCACCAGCAACAGAGCCACCACUUGCAGAGACUGAGGCACCAGCAACAGAGCCACCAGCUGAAGAAACUGAUGCACCAGCGACAGAGCCACCACCUGCAGAAACUGAGGCACCAGCAACAGAGCCACCACCUGCAGAGACUGAGGCACCAGCAACAGAGCCACCACCUGCAGAGACUGAGGCACCAGCAACAGAGCCACCACCUGCAGAGACUGAGGCACCAGCCACAGAGCCACCACCUGCAGAGACUGAGGCACCAGCCACAGAGCCACCACCUGCAGAGACUGAGGCACCAGCCACAGAGCCACCAGCUGAGGAAACUGAGGCACCAGCCACAGAGCCACCACCUGCAGAGACUGAGGCACCAGCAACAGAGCCACCACCUGCAGAGACUGAGGCACCAGCAACAGAGCCACCACCUGCAGAGACUGAGGCACCAGCAACAGAGCCACCACCUGCAGAGACUGAGGCACCAGCAACAGAGCCACCACCUGCAGAGACUGAGGCACCAGCCACAGAGCCACCAGCUGAGGAAACUGAGGCACCAGCAACAGAGCCACCACCUGCAGAGACUGAGGCACCAGCAACAGAGCCACCACCUGCAGAGACUGAGGCACCAGCAACAGAGCCACCACCUGCAGAGACUGAGGCACCAGCAACAGAGCCACCACCUGCAGAGACUGAGGCACCAGCAACAGAGCCACCACCUGCAGAAACUGAGGCACCAGCAACAGAGCCACCACCUGCAGAAACUGAGGCACCAGCAACAGAGCCACCAGCUGAAGAAACUGAUGCACCAGCAACAGAGCCACCAGCUGAAGAAACUGAGGCACCACCAACACAGCCACCAGCUGAAGAAACUGAGGCACCAGCAACAGAGCCACCACCUGCAGAGACUGAGGCAUCACCAACACAGCCACCAGCUGGAGAAACUGAGGCACCAGAACCGGAUGAAGGAACAAGGGGAGACAGUCCCGUGGUAGAAUUACCAAGGAAUCGGGGAAAUAGAAUCAUACAAGAAGGUAAUGACCAAUCAACACAAGGAUCAUCUUUGAAACCAUCUCAAGUUCCCCCAGUCAUCGAAACAAUUCAAAACACUGGAUCUACUGACGAAUCAGAUGUAAAAGAGACAGUUGUCCCUGAAGUCGCAGAGCCUGCUGUGAAACCAUUCAAUGAAGAGCCUGACGAGUCGGGUAUAAUACAAACUCAACCUUCUGGUGAUGCCCAGUUCUUUGACCAGUCUUUGGAUAUUGAUCGUCUAUUACAGCUUCAGUUUGAUUUCAGCGUGACCAUACCAAAAGGUUUCUCAAUCCUUUUGACACAAGAACAAUUCCUUCAUGGAGAUUAUUAUUCAAUCGGCAUAACUGAAGGAAAUGAAUUCAUGGUUAUGCGAUGUAACACAGAAACUAACCAAUGCGAUUCCCUCUACGCCGGACCAAUUGAACAAAUUGGCGAGGUGCUAGGAGCAUAUAUAUUCACUCUGAAGAUUCAGAAGACAUUCGAUGACAAGGAUGACCAUGACGGAGCAUACUCCUACAAAUUCACAUUGCUUUAUGGAGGAGCUGUGGUCGGACAGGAGGUGGUGGUCGAGUAUCCAGAUACUUUCUAUAUCAGGUACAUUGGAUGCACUUCUGAAGGGUACUUGGCGACAUGGAAGAUCUUCUCAAUUGUAUCACCUGGUACUACUCAGAGGUCGUCUUCAAUCAUUCUUCGGGAUAUUGAUGAUUCUUGCAGUCUGGAAGUGGAUGUGUUUGAUCGCGAGCUGGUAUUCAGUGUAGAAGCAGAAGAAUUGCUCUACAUUCAUCUGUACACCAGCAACGGCAUGUACAUACUCCGUGUUGGAGACAACAGCAACGAAUACGUUACAGGAUCCCUCGGUGAGGCAACGUCUCCUGGCGAUGCCUCUCGUCGGGUUCAAGAAGGUGUGCUGAGUCUUUCAGGCAAGCAGUACUACCUAUCCUGGAGAAACAGCAGGAUUAAGUUUGGAGAAUCAGCAGAGGACAGCGAAGCGAUGCUAGACUGGGUCAUUGGGGAGGAGAUCUCGGUGUCCAAGCUAGAGUUUGUUGCUAAGGUGGACAGCGUGUAUCUUAUUCACACCUACAAAUACUUCUAUUUAUAUGCCAAUGUUCUGCAAUGGACCCAUGACCGCAUCCGAGCAACAUCCCUUACUUUCUUCCGGCUUCGAUAUGAGCGAGGUGCACCAUUCGUAGACCUCAAGAUCAAAGCUUCAGGUACUGUCUUGAUUGCACUUGCCACAGACCAGGCGCACCCAGAGUCAAGCAUGAGUUUGAUACAUAUGAGUUCCCGGAAGAUAUCUCUCUCGGAGUGCCUUGGUUGUGAAGCCAUCUCCUCCGUCACCAUCCGUGAAGACCAGCCAGCCCUCCUGGAUCCGUCCUUGUUCCUGGAGUAUCAGAUAAUAUUUGAAGAUGGCAUUCUUAAGAUCUUCUCCACCACCCAAGAAGCUGCAUUAUUUACCUACGAUGGCAUCCAGCAAGGCACACUCUUUUUCUAUGAUGGUUUCGGAGGAACGAUCGGUAGCUACUACCACAUCAGACUCAACCAGGGAACUAUUUACCGAGCAGAGCAUUGUCAUGAUAUAAGCACAUACUUGGAUGGGGGAUUGAAGCUACUGAAUAUUCAACAUUCUGAUCAGAUGAUUGCUUUCUUUGAUGAAGAGGUCAACCUGGAAGCAGAGCUUGCCAUGGAAGACACAAGGACAGAGCUGCGUACCUCCCGCGGUGGCAACGCCAUCGACAUGACAACUAAUCCCAGUUGCAUCUACCAUGACCCCUCCACUCUAGUCUGGCUCUCUUUCACCGAUGGGGCUAUUCAAUAUGGUACCUACGACAAGGAGAAUCACCAGAGAAGUGACCCGUGUAUGACCUUUAACCUCCACGAGGGUCAUAAGGUCAAGUACAUCUCGUUUGGCCGACAGCGUCCAGAGUGGAGUUUGAGACAUCACUCCAUUGAGAGGAAGGUUGUCUACAAGCAGUUGAUCACUCGUGUGAAGAGUUCUGUACUUGUAAAAGGCCCUCCCAUACGUGUGAACGGCCCUCUCAAACGUGUGAACGGUCCUCCCGUUCGUGUAAAUGGUCUUUAGGCCUACCCUAUCCACAACCACCAUAGUGGUCACAUUUUAUUUUAACUAUUUGAAUAAUUUAUUGAAAAUAUUUUACUAAAAGCUGGCCUAUCCUAGCCAGAAUGAAGAAUAAUAUUUCUUUAUAAGAUUUUAGAAAAGAAGAAUUAUUAUUUCCCAUAAUGAACUGUAAUGUCUCCAAUGAAGAGGUGUGUUUAUAAUGACUUGAUUUGUUGGAAUUGAACUGGAAUGACAAUGACUUAUGGCAAAUCUAUGAAUCUAAAUCAGUAUUUCAACUUUGAUUUUUAGUACAUGUAUUACACUUAUUGCAGAAUUUAAAUGAAAUUACAGUAAAGCCUCUAAACAUUAUGCAUAGCAAUUGUUAUGAUUAUAUUGUGCAAUCAUUCAAUUAAGAAAUUACUAAAAUUAUGUAAUGAUAUCUGAAUGCAUGAUUGACAUCACACAUAAGGCUGAAAGUACAUGUACUGUAGUGUAUUUGAUGAAAUAUACAAUACCCAUCUGAUUGUAAUAUUUGUUUACAUACAGUAAGCCUGGCAUCCUCUAACCAACAUAAAGAAAAUGGAGAUUACAAAAUCGGUAAUUGCCAAUUUUGUAAUCUUCAUUUUCUUUGUUUUUAUAUUCACUUCAUACAUAUCCAUCCUAAUUUUCUCAAGAAAAGAGAUGUCAGUAUGUAUCAUUCCUGAAUGUUAUUAAUGUCUACAAUUUUGCAAAAGGGCAAAAUUUCCAAGAAUUAGGGCUGCAUGUACAUGUAGAAGUGGAUUUCUGACAUCUUCAGUGGAUUGUCUGCUUUGUUGUGUAGAUCAGGGCUCUGUCUUACAAAGAGUUGCGAUUAAUCUGAUUAACCACAACUAUGGAAACCCAUCAACGUCAACAUCUAAAAUGGAUGUUUGCUCAAAAUAUUUUCUGGAUAUGCUAUAAAUUCAUACAUUCAUUCUUAUCUUGAAUUUCAGUGUGCUUCUCCUUGUUUACAAAGUACAUUGUGCAAUUUUCUUGUAGAAAAAAUUAUGACAUUGAUGGAGUUCCGUACAGUUGAGUUGAUCGGAUCUGUCGGAACUCUUUGUAAGACGGGCCCCUGAUUCAUUCAGAGGAAGGUCCCUAUGGAAAUUAUGUGUCUGCCUUCUCAUGUAAUCCUUGGAUGAAUGACCAUUGGUUUCAUCUUAAGACAAAUGAAAAGAAAAUCAAGUUUUUCAUCACUUUUAGUCAGAUAUUUUAUGUCAACACUCUCCUGUUACAUUCUGAAUUAUUAAAGAGCAUUUUGUGAAACCUAUUACUAAUUACCUGACAUUGUCAGGAAUGACAGGAGUCAAUAUGCAGAGAAUCACAGUCCUGUCCAAGAAAAUGAUAAUCAUUAUUAUUACACUUUCUACUAAAAAGUCUACUAUAAUUAAUCAUUAUCUUGAAUGGGAUAAAUGCAUCUGCAACCCUUCCUAAUCUAAUACCUAGAGGAUGUCAGGCAUUAUCAAGCAUUAUGAAGUACAAUUAUAUUUUCAAGGUAUUCUGAGGUAGAAUGUGAUUAUUCCAAAUACUACUACAUCUUCUUGAAAUCAAUUUAGUUAUGUUUGACAAUAUUGCAUUCAAUGAAAAAGUGAGAAAAAAUAAUUAAAAAGUUGGUGAUUGGGAAAAA